CGUGCUCUUACACUUUACAUCCAUAAAGAACCAAAAUCUAUGUAAGAAUUAAAACAUGCCAAGCCUAAGCCUAUCUCUUCCUCUUCCUUCUCCUCACAUCAAUCUCAACUCACAACAAAACUUUAACCAUUUCAACAACCCACAACAACUCCACAAAGCCAUUACAACCUUAAACCUAACAGACACAGAAUCAACCCAUAACAACAAACUCAUAACCUCUUCACUUCUCCUUAAACAAUGCAUCCGAACCAAAAACACCCACCUCGGCAAACUCCUUCAUCACAAACUCACCACCUCAAAUCUCCCCCUCGACACCCUCCUCUUGAACUCCCUCAUUACCCUCUACUCCAAAUCAAACGACCCUAUAACCGCUUUUUCCAUUUUCCAAUCCAUGGAAAAUUCCAAACGCGAUGUUGUUUCAUAUAGUUCAAUCAUUUCUUGCUUUGCAAACAAUCGAAAUUGCUUGAAAGCAGUUGAGAUGUUUGAUCAGUUGCUUUUACAAGACGGGGUUUAUCCGAAUGAGUAUUGUUUUACUGCUGUGAUACGGGCGUGUUUGAAAGGCGGGUUUUUUAAAACUGGGUUGUGUUUGUUUGGAUUUGUUUUGAAGACGGGGUAUUUUGAUUCGCAUGUUUGUGUUGGUUGUGAAUUGAUUGAUAUGUUUGUUAAAGGUUGUAGUUUAGCAGAUUUAGAGUCUGCACGUAAGGUGUUUGAUAAAAUGCGUGAGAAGAAUGUUGUUACGUGGACUUUGAUGAUUACUAGGUUAGCUCAAUAUGGUUAUAAUGAUGAAGCGAUUGAUUUGUUUUUGGAAAUGUUGGUGAGUAGUGGGUAUGUGCCGGAUAGAUUUACGUUGACUGGGUUGAUAUCGGUUUGUGCUGAGAUUCAGUUUUUGUCGCUUGGGAAGGAGUUGCAUUCGUGGGUUAUUAGGUCGGGUUUGGUUUUGGAUUUGUGUGUUGGGUGUAGUUUGGUUGAUAUGUAUGCGAAAUGUGGAUUGGUGCAAGAGGCUAGGAAAGUGUUUGAUGGUAUGAGGGAGCAUAAUGUGAUGUCGUGGACGGCUCUUGUUAAUGGAUAUGUACGAGGCGGUGGUGGAUAUGAACGGGAAGCUAUGAGAAUGUUUAGUAAUAUGUUGCUUCAGGGUGGUGUUGCGCCGAACUGCUUUACGUUCUCCGGUGUUCUUAAGGCUUGUGCGAGUCUUCCUGAUUUUGAUUUUGGUGAACAGGUUCAUGGGCAAACGAUUAAAUUAGGUCUUUCUGCAAUUGAUUGUGUAGGGAAUGGUCUUGUUAGUGUGUAUGCAAAGUCUGGAAGAAUGGAAUCUGCUCGCAAGUGUUUUGAUGUUUUGUUUGAGAAGAAUUUGGUUUCGGAGACAGUUGUUGAUGAUACAAAUGUGAAAGAUUUUAAUUUGAAUUCUGAACAAGACUUGGACCGUGAAGUUGAAUAUGUUGGUAGUGGAGUUAGUUCGUUUACAUAUGCUAGCCUCUUGAGUGGUGCUGCUUGUAUUGGUACAAUUGGUAAGGGUGAACAAAUUCAUGCCAUGGUGGUUAAGAUUGGAUUUCGGACUGACUUAAGUGUUAAUAAUGCUUUGAUCUCUAUGUAUUCCAAGUGUGGAAACAAAGAAGCUGCUUUACAGGUCUUUAAUGACAUGGAAGAUUGCAAUGUCAUAACUUGGACCUCUAUCAUAAAUGGUUUUGCAAAACAUGGAUUUGCUUCAAAAGCACUAGAAUUGUUCUAUAAUAUGCUUGAAACAGGUGUGAAGCCUAAUGAUGUCACAUACAUUGCAGUUUUAUCGGCAUGUAGUCAUGUUGGUUUAAUUGAUGAAGCAUGGAAACAUUUCACUUCCAUGCGUGAUAACCAUGGAAUUGUUCCAAGGAUGGAGCAUUAUGCAUGUAUGGUCGAUUUGCUUGGUCGAUCCGGAUUGCUUUCAGAAGCGAUUGAAUUUAUUAACUCAAUGCCUUUUGAUGCCGACGCGUUGGUGUGGCGUACGUUUCUUGGUUCUUGUCGGGUUCAUCGGAACACCAAGCUUGGGGAACAUGCUGCAAAAAUGAUUCUUGAACGAGAGCCUCACGAUCCGGCUACCUAUAUAUUAUUGUCUAACUUGUAUGCAACAGAAGGACGGUGGGAAGAUGUAGCAGCAAUUAGAAAAAACAUGAAACAGAAACAAAUAACAAAAGAAGCAGGUUCUAGUUGGAUUGAAGUUGAGAACCAGGUGCAUAAAUUCCAUGUAGGAGAUACUUUGCACCCUAAAGCUCAACAAAUAUAUGAAAAACUUGAUGAAUUGGCUUUAAAAAUAAAGAAUGUGGGUUAUGUCCCAAACACAGAUUUUGUUCUUCAUGAUGUGGAGGAUGAACAAAAGGAACAAUAUCUAUUUCAACACAGCGAGAAACUUGCAGUUGCAUUUGCUCUUAUUAGUACACCAAAUCCAAAACCUAUAAGAGUAUUUAAGAACCUUCGUGUUUGCGGCGAUUGCCAUACAGCAAUAAAGUACAUAUCAAUGGUCUCUGGAAGAGAGAUUGUAGUGAGAGAUGCAAACCGGUUUCAUCACAUGAAAGAUGGGACAUGCUCUUGCAAUGAUUAUUGGUAAUCCGGAUAUAUGUCCAAUGAGUUUAUACUUGGCCUGUAAAUUUUGUAGAGUUAUUCACAUUUUUGUUGCUUAGACUAUACAAAUGUUGUAAAUGUGGAAACUCAGCUUUGAAUUACUAGCUGAUUGUCAAUGAUAGUGAUACAGAAGCAAUUAUUUUUCUGUCUAUGUUUUCAAAAUAUUGAAGCUUGAUGCUGGUCUGUACCAUUCUUCUCUUUUGUUAUUUUACAUGAAAGUUAUUCUACACAUUGUGUUGGAGUAGUAGCAA